CAGGUUCUCCUUUCUUGAAGUUGCGGUCUGUUGCAGUUCGGCCCUUGAAUUUACAUCAUCAUAGUGUCGAGAGAAAAAGCCACUGAAUUUAUUCUGAAUUAGUUGUCGGCGGCAUUUUCACGUAGAGUUGAUGACUACAACCCGACCCCGACUACCGAAACACGUUUUAGUACUCCCUGUCUCGAAUUUUGUCAUGAUGGGUUACUACGCGUCAAAUCCUUAUCUACUCCUUCAUGCGCAACCACCAUCAUGGUCGAUAACAGCUGUGACACAGACAAUGACGAUUUUCUUCCACCAUUUAUCCUCAGCAUCUGCCGCAAUGCCAAUGAAUUCGACAAAGUUAUUCGAGAUGACUCAAAUACAAAAGGCGGCUUCGACGAGCUAGUCGCCAAAGACCUUGAUCAGAAUGAACUUGACGCCGUUGAACGUUCUGCUCGCCUCGACGUAGCGGGCACUACCUGGACCGAUGCGGAAUUCACUUCUGAACCAGACUCUUAUUCCGAUGAUACUUUGAUUCCUAAUUUCGAUCCUCAAUUUCAUCGUGUCGCAACUUUAGACGGAGAUAGUUGGAAACUGGAUUCAGAUGAACUCGUGAAUCUCCUCGUUCAGGAAUUUGGCUCCUUAGGGGAGGAUGAAAAGCUCAUAUUCGAAGCCGAUGCAUUCAUGUUUAGUGAUGUUCUCAUUGUGGGCGUUUUACAUCUGACAACUCACCGCCUUACUUUCCAUGCUUCGCUACUUUCUGCUCGACCCGACUUGCUUCCGUCUCAGCAGAUCAUCAAAGCUGGUCCAGUCACUGUUCAUCUACCGCGGUUUCACAAAAAACGCCGUUUAUGGCUGGAGUUAACACACGAUAUGAUGUGUACCUAUGCUUCGAGUAGUCCUGAUGACCAUAUUCGUCCAUUACGAUCUCUGCUAUGUACGCUUUUCAUGGUUACUCAUAUGUAUUUGUGAUUCCUAACUUCCAACAGUGUCUAGUAUUCAAGGUCUAUCCAUACUGGACCCUAAUAAUCCUCGAAUCUUCCAAGUCUCUUUGGGAGAAGAUGUAGACGUUUCCGGCAUCGUUGAAUUUGACACGGAAGAG